CUUACCAUCACCAUCAGCACUCUAUAGUUAAUAUCUAUAGAGCUUCUCUUCUCUCCAUCUCACCAGCCAUCACCACCACCACCACCAUCAUGGAGAUGAACUCACAAAACCAAGAGAAAUCUCACAUGGCCUCCUUUCCUGCAAAACUCAAAUCAAACACAGCCGAAUUCAUCAACAAAAUUAAGAAAAUUGGAGAGGAAGAUCCAAGAAGGAUCAUACACUCCGCCAAAGUCGGAUUGGCUUUGACAUUGGUCUCCUUCUUCUAUUACUUCAGACCCCUCUAUGACGGCUUCGGACAGGCUGGAAUGUGGGCAAUCUUAACUGUUGUCGUUGUCUUUGAGUUCACUGUCGGCGGAACCCUAUCAAAAUGCAUCAACCGAGGCUGCGCAACGCUGCUUGCCGGCGCUUUGGGUGUCGGAGCCGAGUAUUUGGCCAGUGUCUGCGGCGAGAAAGGCGAGCCUGUCGUGCUCGGACUCAUGGUUUUCUCUUUAGCUGCGGUUUCUACGUUUACGCGGUUUUUUCCGAAUGUGAAGAGGAAGUACGAUUACGGAGUGUUGAUAUUUAUACUGACUUUCAGCCUGGUGGCGGUGUCGGGUUACCGGGUGGGGCAGAUAUUGGAGCUGGCCCAUCAGAGGCUCUCCACCAUUCUCAUAGGCGGGGCCACUUGUAUGAUCAUAUCCAUAUUCUUCUGCCCGGUUUGGGCGGGUCAGGAUUUGCACUAUCUGGUCGCUGCAAAUAUUGAAAAGCUUGCUGCUUUUUUACAAGGAUUUGGAGGUGAGCUUCUAACGUUUUCUGGGGAUGAAAGCAUCAAGGAUUCAGGCGCCAAGAAUGUCGAGAAAUCGUUUCUCAAAGGCUACAAAAACGUGCUUAAUUCUAAGGCCACAGAGGAAUCGUUGGCUAAUUUUGCAUGGUGGGAGCCACCUCACGGUAAAUUCAAGUUCAACCAUCCAUGGAAACAAUACUUAAGGAUCGGAGGCCUGAGUAGGGAAUGUGCAUGCCUCAUGGAAUCACUAAAUGCAUACACAAAUUCUAAAUCUCUUAAAACGGCGACCUCAGAAUUCCAAAUCAGAAUCCGACAGUCAUGCGUCGAAAUGAGCACAGAAUCCGGCAAGGCCCUUAAUGAAAUCGCCACCGCAAUCAAGAAAAUGAGGCAGCCGCCGCAAUCCGCGGAAACCCACGCGCAGAAAGCCAAAUCGGCAGCCGAUCGACUGAAAACCAUGCUCCACAACUCGUCGCUGCCGUCGAAGCCGGAUUUGCAGGAGAUGGUGCCGCUACUCGUCAUCGCUUCCGUACUCAUCGACAUCAUUAACUGCGUUGACGAAAUCGCUCUCUCGGUUCGCGAACUUUCCCGAAAAGCGCGUUUCAAGAAUCCGAAGUCAAUUGCCGAGAAGCAGGCGCCGCCGCAGCAGCAGAUUCUUCACCGUGGAAUCGUCAGCCCCGUCGACGGUGAUCAUGUGGUUGUUGAGAUUCAGCCGCCCGCCGCCGACUUGCCGGAGAAGAAACUCGCGCCUCGGAGAGAUACAAUUAGUAUAUAAUUUAAUUGUAUAUAUAUGUUGUAUUUAAUUUAGUUUAGGGUAUAAAUAUACAUAUGCCGCAGUACUUGUACAUGAGACUAUGUAUUUUUGUGCGAUACGAUUGGUCGAUGAUGUAGACGUGACGGUGGUCAUAUGUAUGGUUAUGUAAGUGCGCUGAAUUAAAUUAAAUAAUACUAGUAUAUAUGUAAACUAAUUAGAGACGCAA